AUGUUACAGAAAACACAACUUCCAGUAUACUUUUCACAGAAUAUUUACAGAAAAGACAUGAUAAAUUCACAAAAAAUUAUAUACGACUCUACAGAAAAGAUAUUGUUAUUGUUACAAGAAUGGUUUGUUUUUGAUCUGAGCUCUGAUAAUAAUUUUGGUAAAUAUCAUAAUCUUGAUUUCAAAGAUAACGAUUAUAGCAAUUCUCCUGGACCUGUUAAAGAAAAUAUUGAAUCAGACGAUUCCGAAUUAUCAUUAGAUCAAAAUCUCGAAGGUAACAAUCAUAGUGAUCAUCUUGGUCCUGUUGGAGAAAAUGUUGAACUAAAUGACAAUUAUCAUAAUGAUCCUACUAUUAGUCCUGUAACAGGGAGGGAUUUUAACCUUCGUAAAAGGGAACGAAUAGACUAUAAUGUUGGUUCAACUAGAAAACGUCCUAAACAUAAGCAU